CCAAUUAUUGUACCCUAAGUCGGGAAUCCUGGGCUGGGGCACGUGGAUGAAAAGUGUUAUCGAUUAGGAAUUUCGCACACAAGCGAGAAUCUCAGCCGCCAGCUGGCUGACAGACGUCUUCGCGCGCACACUCCAAACCCCCACCACACCACUACCUGACUUAUUGACCAUUCGACUUGGCUUCAAUUUUCGUCUGCAUCACGACAAACCAUCACGAGGAAAAGCAGCCAAAAUGCAGAUCUUCGUCAAGACCCUCACGGGCAAGACCAUCACUCUCGAGGUCGAGUCCUCCGACACCAUCGACAAUGUAAAGAGCAAGAUCCAGGACAAGGAGGGUAUCCCCCCGGAUCAGCAGCGUCUCAUCUUCGCUGGAAAGCAACUUGAGGAUGGCCGAACUCUCUCCGACUACAACAUUCAGAAGGAGUCUACUCUUCACCUUGUCCUCAGGCUGCGUGGCGGUAUCAUUGAGCCCAGUUUGAAGGCUCUUGCCAGCAAAUUCAACUGCGGUUCGUACUCUAUUCCAUCGCUCCUUGUGAAAUUUGGAUUACUAACUUUAUCACCAGAGAAAAUGAUCUGCCGCAAGUGCUACGCCCGUCUUCCUCCCCGAGCCACCAACUGCCGCAAGAAGAAGUGCGGUCACACCAACCAGCUCCGACCCAAGAAGAAGCUGAAGUAAACGAUUUCGCCACCUAUGCUGGUCGUGUCGGGCCGACCUGUCUGCAUCAUCCGGCUUCGAGGUCACGACGGUUUACGGAAGAGGUGUUUGGGCAUGCGGUGUUUGAUAAGGAAGGCUCAUGGGUUUCUGCCGUUGCUUCUGAUGAAAAACAGGUAUUAUGACAUCAGUUUAGUUCUGCGGUAAUCAAAAU